AUGAACCUAGAUCUAAAGUCGCCUACGAAGUGGUGGAUUGUUUGGAAUGGACCACUAGUUACGGUAGAAAUCCACACGACGCUAGACAGCGUUACCAAAAGAAACCGAUAUACGUUGCAACCAUACGUUGAACAAAUAGCGGAUGACCUAAAAAUGACCGUAGUUUCCAUACAAAGUCCUAAGUCACCUAUGAACAGAAGAUUUGAAAUAAGCUCCAAGGACGCGGUCAUGAUACCUGAAAAUUACAAAAUUCCCGUUAAAUGCGCAACAGAAAAAGCAGCCGUAACAACUACGCCAGUUGCACUUCUCAUUUUGAGUGCAUCUGUCACGACUCGCGAUCAAAAGCACGCUGCCAUUGUCUCACGGAAUCGAUAUGAUCAGAUCAAUGCGAAGAAUAAAGAAAUAAUCUUAUCUUCCAUAGAUGCAGAAUUUGUCCUAAUACUGCGGCCUAGCGCCCAAUUAGUGGUAACGAAUAUAUCGAAAAAACCUCCUGGCUGCUACGAUUGCAUAGAGGGUGCACAAAUUCAAAUUUCAUGCAAAACCGAAAGGUCGUCUUGGAUCACAAUACAAUGUGAGGAGCAAACAUUCUCCAUUGAAUGUAAAGAAUUCAAGCAUCGUUGGUUCAGUGGUAGAAUGCUCUCCUGCCACGCGGGCGGGCCCUUCGUCUUCCGGUCGAUGCACCAAACUUUGUGGCGGAUUUCUUCUGAACACAGCCACAGAAAAUCCUUUAGGCUUCCUUUACAAAAGUGGUUCAAUGGUUUUUCAAUAUUUAUUAACAAGCCCUAA